AAAUUUCAACCACUAACUUUGCACCAAAAACACAUAAAAUUGACCUCUCUCUGACUCCCUCCCUCUCCCUCUCCCUCUCCUCCUCCUCUUCUGUCAUUUUCCUUCUCUCCUCUCACUUCCAUCAAUUACUAUUAUUACCUUGUCUUCUUUUGUUCGCCUUUUCUUUUCAUACUAAAUUAUUACUAUUGGAUAUCACGUUUGAUUCAACGUUCAUCUAUAAAAUAUUCUACUAUUCUUUAAUAAAAUCACGUCCAACAGCCCCUCCCCCUUCCUUCUACUUAAAAGAUUGGUGUCUUUUUGUUUUAUUGAAUCAACUUAGUACAUAGCAACAUUUCCCUUAUGGCUGAACAAGCUCAUCUUGUUCUUCUUCUUUCCGUGCUGUUUUCUCUCAAUGCGGCUGUUUUAUCAUUUCAGAAGCAAUCCAAGAUCAGCGCAGUUGAUCUGGCGGCAUUGUCAGCCAUCAAGGACAGCCUGACAGACAUUCCAGGCUCAAGAUUCUUCUCCACUUGGGACUUCACCGCACCAGAUCCUUGCUCCACAUUCACUGGCGUUACCUGCUCUUUUGACGAUCGUGUCACCAUUCUAUCGCUCGGCACUGGCCUCUCCGACUCACCUGGUCUCGCUGGCUCACUCUCCCCUGCUCUGUCUAAUCUUACGGAGUUAACCCAACUCGUCCUCUUCCCUGGUCUCGUCACCGGUCCCAUCCCUCCCCAACUGGGUCAACUCACUCGUCUCCGAGUCAUUUCCUUAACCGACAACCGCUUAACAGGACCCAUACCAACCUCCUUUUCUAGUAUCCCAUACUUACACACUCUCGAUCUGAGUUCAAACCAACUUACUGGGUUAAUCCCGCCGGGUCUCACAAAGCUUCCAUCUUUGAAAGUUCUCAUACUGAGUUCAAACGAGUUUAGCGGCGAGUUACCCAGGACAGUAUCGGCGCGGCUACUACACAUGGAUUUGAGGAAGAACAAUAUCAGCGGACCGUUGCCGAAGUUGCCGUUAACUCUCCGUUACUUGUCAGUGUCGGACAACUCGAUGUGGGGUCCACUCAACGGCCUGGAAUCACUAUCCGAGUUAGAAUACCUCGACGUUAGCAUGAACAAAUUUAGUGGGCCCAUCCCAAAUUCACUCUUCUUUCAUCCGACGCUGUCUUCAUUGUUUUUACAAAGGAACAAUUUAUCGGGUGCGCUCCCAUCGAUAAACAUGGACCCCACGUUUCCAUCCUACGGUGAGGGAUCCAUCGUGGACUUGAGCCAUAACUUCAUCACGGGGGAAAUAACCCCGGUGUUGGCUGGAGUCGAGACAUUGUUUCUGAAUAAUAACCAUCUGAUCGGAUCAGUCCCUGAGGAGUAUGUUAAGAGCGUGUAUAGUGGCACCACUAAGACAUUGUAUUUGCAACAUAAUUAUUUAUCCGGAUUCCCAUUACCCCAUGGUGUGGCUUUACCUGACACGGCGUCGUUAUGCUUGUCUUACAAUUGCAUGCUGCCGCCGGUGGGGUUAUCAGCCUGCCCAGCUAGUGCCGGAAGGCAGCCGUCAAGGCCGGAAUCCCAAUGUUCAGUAUUCAGCCAUCAUAGCUCCAUGGACUGAGAUCAGAUAAGCUCGAUCUUUAUACGUUUGAUUACAGGAAGCAAUAGAUUGUAAGUUUAUUACGAGUACUAUUAUUGUUAUAGUAAUUGUGUGUACCAUCUUUCUCUUUUGUUUUUAUCUUCCACUAUUAUGCUCCUAAAUGAGUGAUAAAUUAAGCAGUUAAAAGCACAGGUUAAUUUUA